UCCGGAAAUUCCUUUUAAAAACUGUUUUUCAUACCAAGCAGAAGUAGUUGCGCACAACUUGCGCUAUAUUUUCAUAAAUGAAAAGUUGAUGGUUUGAAACCAAAAAGAAUUAUAACAUAAGGUUGAGUCACAAGUUGACAAUAAAGAAAUAAUUGGAUUUCACUAAAAUUAACCUGUGUUGAAAAUCAAUUCAAGUCAUCACGUGCUACUAUUGCGAACAAAUUUAUAAUUCUUUUUGUGGUCUAUCUGGCAAUAACGGAUACACUGGAGGGAAAGAUUGUAGCCCUGGACCUAAAGUUCACAAAGCUGUCACAUUCAACACAAUCUCGGCCACACGUAAGUAAAAUAUGGACCCUUUACCUCAUCCCGGUCAACCACAGAUUAAAGACGUAUUACCACAAAACGUCCAACAAAUAUGUCAGCUUUGCCACGAACAACUUGCCGAUAUCGUUGUUAGUUGCAAGUCAUGUCAAAAACCAUACCAUACCACCUGCGCAAAGGUCCCUAGCCCACAAGAGUCAUGGCUAUGUCAAUCGUGUAACACAAACUUUUCGCUCUCUGCUUCGAGCACACACUCUUCGUUGGCGUCAAAAGACUCUGCUAGCCGAAGAAAGACACUUGCGCUAAAGCGGUUAGAAGAGGAGCGGGAGCUAUCCAUGAGACGCGAUCAGGAAUAUCUGCAGAAAAAAUAUAAAAUUCUUCAUGAAAUAGACGAAGAAGAUGCUAAUGACCAUCUUCCACCAGUCUCGAAUCAAAUUACGCAAGAAACAAAUGUCACGGUCUCGCCGCCGAACCUAACCUCAUUUAAUGCAUCUUUGCAUGUGCCAAACACCCUACCUAUAAUGACUACCGUCGCACACAAUCCUCCAGUAAACCGUUUAUAUGAACCAACCAAUGUCACAACUUCACGACCUUUUAACCCGAUUUGUCCAAAUUUUCCGUUGCACUCAACAGUAAAUCAAAAUGUGAACCAACCACGUCUAAGUUAUUCCCAAAAUAUAAAUAACACACAGCAGGCACAAUCAUUUAUUAAUCGUGAACAGACGGAAAGAUCUCAGCCACAGCUAUUGCAGCCAACAACACUGGAGACCAGAUUAAGAUCCGACCAAGUACAUGCUCGACAAACAGUGCCUAAAGACCUACCCACCUUUUCAGGUUGUCCGGAGGAAUGGCCUUUGUUUAGCUCGACAUACGACUGGUCUACAGAAGUCUGCGGCUUGACUGAUGCAGAAAAUCUUAUAAGGCUCCAAAGAUCUCUGCGAGGUGAAGCAUUGGAAGCUGUUAAAAGAAUUCUUAUUCAUCCUUCAUGUGUGCCUCACGCUAUUUCCACAUUGAAAUUAUUGUACGGUCAGCCAGACAAGAUUCUGUUUUCUCUGAAAAAUAAAAUAAAAACAUUACCUCCAAUUAACCUCAACAAAAUGGAAACCAUAACAAACUUUGCCAUCCAAGUAAAAGGUCUCCAAUCAACUAUUGAAGCCUGUGGACUCUUUGAUGAAUUGAACGAUACUUCGCUGCUUCAGGAACUAGUCGCCAAAUUGCCACCGUAUUAUCAAAUAAUUUGGGGUUCAAUAAAAUUAGGUCUUCAGCAAAAUGAUCAAAAAACUAAUUUAACAGAGUUUGCCAAUUGGAUCUUUGACAUUGGACUGUCAGCUAGCACUGUUAACAUUACAAAUAACAUGACUCUUGACUCUGUUAAUAAUCGUAAACAAAAGAGUGCCUUUUGCAAUACACACACAGAAACUAAUAACAAGAAAUGUCUGGUUUGCAGCAGUGAUUGUAAAACUGUUACAAGCUGUAAAAAGUUUCUGUCAGCUGACCGCAAAGAUAGAUGGAAUUAUGUCAACAGAUUAGAGUUGUGCAAGCACUGCUUACGGAAACAUUCAGGUGUCUGUUAUAACAGAGAUAAAAGCUGUAAUGUAGAAGGCUGUCAAUUUAAACAUAAUAAGCUUCUUCAUAAGUAUGUAAGCAACAAUACCCCAAGAGAAAACAAUGAGAAAGAGAGUGAUAACAGUAAUGCUCAAAAUAUAAACGCACAUGAUACUCAAAAACUAAAUAUUCUCUUUAAAGUAAUUCCAAUAAAAAUUUAUGGAAACAACAACAAAUUCAUUUCUUCAUACGCGUUUUUGGAUGACGGCUCUUCAAUUAGCUUAAUAGACGAAGAAAUAAUAAAACAGUUGGAAUUGGAGGGGGAAGCUGCACCACUAUGUUUAAAAUGGACAGCAAAAAUAGAAAGAAUGGAAGAAAACUCACAACGCAUUACAGUCCAGGUGUCGGGAAAUAACAACAGAAAUUUUAGUGUUGAUGUUCGCACUGUAAGAGGACUUUCCUUGCCCAAACAAACACUGGAUUAUAAAACUUUAAGUAGAAAAUUUAGUCACUUAAAGGGAUUGCCAGUUGAAAGUUAUUAUGCCGCAACACCAAAAAUUCUUAUUGGACUUAACAACAUAAACAUAACAUUGGCGAACAAAAUCAAGGAAGGCAGAAAAAAUGAACCAAUUGCUAUUAAAACCGCAUUAGGGUGGACAGUUUUUGGACCUUUUGGUAGCAAUCAAGCUGUACAAUACAAUCUUCAUAUGUGCGAGUGUUUGGAGACUGAAAGCCAAAUAAACCGAUUGGUAAAAAGUUUUUUUUAGCAUUGAAAGUCUGGGUA